ACACCCCCCACCCUCCCCUACCUGCAGGUUCCACCAGCGACCAGAUCCUGUCGGCGGAGCUUCUACAUCAGCACAACCUUCUUGUAUCGGGCUCCGUUUCACAGCAGAAGACCCGCAUCAAAUCGUACACCCGCUUGAGUGCGCUGAGUUCGAGCCGCAGUACGGGCGUUGAGGGAUUCACCUUCCCGCUGCAAACGGCCGAGGAAAUCGAGCAGCUGGAAGCGGCGGUACGGGAAGAGCCGAGGAUCUGGCAUCAGUAUGUUGACUUUCUGCGCGACAAGAAAACCGAAAUCAUGGACAUUCCGAGUGUGCUGAAGCUACUCUUUUUGGACGAAGCGCUGGACGGGUACAACUUUAAUGGCAUCCAAGGGCGGAGGCUGCAGAAGCGCUCGUUGAAAAUGUACGCCAUUUUCGUCGACUGCAUGUUGGAUGCCUGGCCCGAGUACAGUGUGCAGAUGCUUUGUAAGACAGUGGACGACGCCUUGCGGAAAACACGCCUCCGGCAUGCUAAACGUGUAUAUCGAGCAAAAAAGGCUCUUGAAGAGGAGCAACAGAUUUUCGAACCAAGGACAAUCUACUUGGGACCUCCGCAGCCCAAUGUUCAAUAAAACAACGUUCAAUAAAGUUUCUAUAUUUUUAUAACAGAAAACUUGUUUCCUUUCGAGAUAUCGGAAACCUUCUUUGUAGUGAAGGUUAUUGAUCUAUCGCUGCCAAUGCCACUAACCGGUUGAUUUCGUUUUAGUGCUCAAGCGAAUCGAGCUGUUCAAACAGAGUGCACAGCAUGGCGUGGACAAUUUCAUAUUUCCCAUCCCGGACAGUGAUACCAUCGAGCGGCUGGAAGCCGCAGUCCGCAUGUUUCCAACCAUCCGAAAACAAUAUGUCGAGCACCUUCGUCGAGUGAAGGAGCAAACGAAGGACGUGGCGAAGGCAUUUCCAGUUCUGUUUUCCGACGCAGCCCUCGAGAUGUACAACUACAACGGCACUGGGCGUAAGGAGCGUCGACCUAUGAAAGAGUAUCACGUGUUCCAUGAUUGCAUGCUAGAGGCAUGGACGCCGGACGGCGUGACCGAAGUGAAUCUUCAGGAGAGCAUCCACAUUGUCAUCAAGCGAGCCGAUGGCCGGAAACGGGCGAAACUGUUCAACUUCCGGCGACGGAUCUUCCAGAAUGUUGGCACAAUCUUCUCGGGGUAUCCGGAGAACUUUCCCGAUAUACAGUCGUAAACGCAGGCCGCGAGCGACAUGAAAAGACACGCACGCACGCACGCAAUAGUGGCCGGUUGUAGUACUAGAUCGCUGUGCUAUAGUCGUACGAAGCAAUAUGCCUAUAUUUAUUUUAAUGUAUUUUACCGUGAUUCCAAGCUCGGCGCAAUCAGUAUAUUUAU